UUUCCCAUCUUCCGAAAGUGAAUUUCUAACAGCAGAAAAGAGAGAAUUUUUGGAAACAAUGUCAAACAAGUCCCCAGUCUUUCCAAUGCCUGAGCCUCAGCAUUUCAGUGACUAUGGCUUUGACCCCCAAAUCGAUUAUUUUCAGGUUUUGGAAGAAGCAAAGAAGCACAGGAAGGAAACAUCAAGAUCCAUAGACUUGUUACAUUUCAAGCUUCAAAAACCCAUCUCAAAGGACGAGCAUUCCAAGAAAAACCACAAUGCUAAAAAGAAGAAACGUUGGUGGAAAAAUGCUCUCUUGCUCUUCAAGUGGAAAAAAUGGACACGUGACACUCUUGAUCUAGAUCUUGAGCUUGAACCUGACGUCCAUCGUACAAGGGCUACAGCUUUUAGGGCUUCAAUUUCAGGACCUGUUUACAUAACUGAGAGCAGAAGCGGUUCAAGCACCCCUUACAGAAGCACAAGUCGCCCAUCUUCAGGUCCCUUGGCUGGUACUUUGACUCCUACAAGAAAAGGAGACGUGGAAAUUCCUUAUCUGAGUCUCAGGGAACUCAACAUGGAGCAGCAUCACAGGGUUUCUACCUCUGCCAUGCCCAUAUAUUUGGUCACUUAACCAAACCAAUCUCUCUUUUUUUUCUUAUUUUUUCAAUCCAUUUCGUUUUUCAGGUCAAGCUAGGGUUAUGCAAACUGUAAAACUAAAGUGUUUGAUAAGUACUUUUAAUGGAGGACAUGGCUUCAUCCUCCAUUGUUGGUUGUUGCUAGCUUGCUGCUUUACUGAUUUCUGCAAACUAAUGAACUCGUGCAUUGACCAAGACUCUUCACCUCUUUUUUCCUUUCUUUUUUUUUUUUACCUUCGUAUUGCAUUGCUUUCGUGCACAGAAAUCAAUGACUUUUUUAGUUCAAUCUUUCAAGAUUUUACUUGUGAUCCCAAUCUACUGCAAACAACAAGUUUUUGGGUUGUUGAAAUGUGAACAAAACGUGA